ACGCUAGAUUAGAUUUUCCGCCACUGUCCUGAAUUGAUUUGAAACCAUUUUCUCUCUGGUUGGUGCUCCUGGAACAUAAAUCCAAUCGCAUAAAAAUGUCCGGCUACACAGAGGAAUACCUGAAGCAGAAGCUAACCGAGAAGCUGGAAGCAUCUCAUGUGGAAGUAACCGACGAAUCUGAUGGAUGUGGGGGCAAGUUCAGUGCCGUUAUUGUCUCUUCACAAUUCCAAGGAAAAGCAUUGCUUCAGAGACAUCGGCUUGUUAAUUCAGCCUUGACGGAAGAACUCAAAACCAUACACGCAUUUUCUCAGAAAACAUACACUCCUGAACAGUGGGCAGCCGAAGGUCAUUAGCACAAAAUUCCGCCACCUUUAACCUUAAAAUAAUUUAAUACUCUCAUUGGAAAACGGUUUCAUUUUGCAACGUAGUUAUAAAACAUAAAGCAUUAAUCUUAACAAUGGAUACUCUGACUGAUUUCGAAGUCUCAGCACCUGGAAAAGUAAUUCUCCAUGGUGAGCAUUCGGUUGUAUACGGAAAACCUGCCAUCGCCGGACCUAUUGGACUUCGAACAUAUCUCACUUAUAAG